GUGUUAAAAAAAAGUAGGAAUAUAUUGGAGGAAUGAAGAAAGACAUUUACCUCGAACAAGCAAGCAGAUAGAAAUCAAUAGACUCACCUCCCCUCCCCUCUUUCUCUCACUCUCUCUUCUCAAGUGAAUGGAGGAAGAUCCGGGCAACAAUGACUUCGACGACAGCGCUUGCUCUACGCCUUUCGUUAGCGCUCCAUCCAGUCCCGGCCGUGGAUUUUUCUAUAGUGCUCCGGCGAGUCCUAUCCACUUCAUGCUCUCCAACUCUUCUUCCUAUCUGGAUACCUCAGAUUCUUCUUCUACUGCUACUCCUGUUGAAGGUUUUGAGUUUGAAGGAAGUGUUCCGGCUGGAUCCAUGAGCUCCGCCGAUGAACUCUUCUUAAACGGACAGAUCCGGCCGAUGAAGCUCUCGUCGCACCUGGAACGGCCUCAGGUACUAGCGCCAUUGCUUGAGAACGAGUUGAGUGACGACGAUGAGAAUAACCCCGGAAGAGGUAGAGAUUCCAAGCUUAGCUCCAGAUCCAGGAGACGAGCUAGAUCUAUGUCACCGAUGAGGACGAACGACGCGUUUCAGUGGCUGGAGGACUCCACGGAAGAGAUUAAAGAAGAAGCAGCAAAAGAUGAGGCAAAAACCGAGGAGGAUGGUGCUUCAUCCGUGGGCCGGACCUCCAAACGUUGGGUGUUUUUGAAGGAGUUUCUGUACAGAAGCAAAAGCGAAGGACGAAGCACCAACGGGAAUCACAAGUUCUGGUCGUCAAGUAAGAAAUCAUCAGACGUCAAGAACAAAGCGACGGAGGCGGUGAAACCAGGGGUGAGAAAGGCGGUGGUGAAUGGAGCCGGUAAGAAGAGGGUGGCGCGUUCACCACACGAGCUGCAUUACACAACAAACCGAGCACAAGCAGAGGAGCUGAGGAGGAAGACGUAUUUACACUACAAGCAAGGUCUAUUGGGAUGUUUAGGGUUUAGCUCCAAGAGUUACGGCGCCAUGAAUGGAUUCGCCCGAGCUUUGAACCCUGUAUCUUCCAGGUAACUUUUGGUUUGUGAUCAUCAUCAUCAUCAUUGUAUAAAAAAACAAAUUUAGUUUAUUAAAAUAUCCAUCUCUUUCAUUUUGGAUGUUCCAUUUCUUGUUAUAAAUCUAUCUAUGUAUUUGAAUUUGAAUGCUUAAUUAAUUUCUCUUUCUUCAUUA